CCAGCCUGGGUCAAUUCUUAAUAGUCCUCCGGGAUAUAGAGAAACUUUUCGAGUCCACUGAGCUGAAUUGGUUUGGUCUUAAACUGGAACCCCCCAGAUCAUACAAAGCUCCAACAACCCCGCCAUCUCAGCGCACCCAACAUGGCUCUCCAAGUCAGCGAAUUCAUACAUUUCCAGCUCAAGUCCUCAGUAAAGCCCGAAGACCCCUCAAAUGAUGAAGGCCAAGCACUACUCCAACUCUUCCAAACAGCCAAGCACCAAAGCGGAUAUAAAAGCUCAGCAUGGGGCAGAACCAUAGAGGACGAAAAAUCAUAGUAUGGGUAGUUAACUGGGCCGACGCGCACGGAGGAAUCCAACCACAAAUCCUAACCCCAUACCUCGAACCCAACACUCAAGUGAGCGUCAUCUUCACCACGCUCACGCCGUCAAUCACCGAAACUAAGUCCCUAACCACCAACCCCGUCACGGAGCUGGUCGCACUCACCUUCCCCAAUUCCCUGACGCCUGAGGAGCAAAAGAAGCUCAAUGCCGAUCUUAUUGAGUUCCGCGCUGCGCUGACAGAGAAAUUACCCGAGGGUGAGAGGCCGAAGUCGUGGGCUAUGGCGCAGGUGGAGAGGCCUGGUACAUUGGAGCAUGAGAAGAGUCCGUCUGGACAGGCGGUAUUGCAUCUUUUGGUUGUGGGGUGGGAGUCGGUGGAUAUGCAUAAGGCUGCGAGGGAGACGGAGGAGUUUAAGAGGACGAUUGCGCCUAUUAGGGAGAAGGCGAUUCCUUCUGUGCCGCCUUUGGGGAUGAAGCAUGUUUCUUUCAAGAAAGUUUGAAGUGGUUGUGGAUGGAGUGUGGAAUGAAUUACGUUAGAUUGGUGAUAAUGUGUACAACGAAUGUUGACGGACAGCGCUUUUCC